AUGUUACCGUCAUAUCUGCUGCAAGUGGCAGCCGCGGUGGUCGGCAGGGCCGAGUCUCCAGAGCAUAACAACUUCGAGGCAGUAAGCCCGACGAAGACAACAACAACAACAACAACAAGCUCGACGUUCUCGCUCACGAUCCCGACGACGGUUCCCACCCACACAAUAGCGGUUGGUGCGGACGGAUUCAAGUACACGCCCGCGGAAUACAAGCCCGUAGAUAUUGGUGAUAUCAUUGAGUUUCGCUUCUAUCCUGGAGGCCACACGGUUGUCCGGGCAGAAUUUGGAUUCCCAUGCAUCCCAUAUGAGUACACGGGAGCCAACAAAAUUGGCUUCUUCAGCGGCCACAAGUCGCCUCAAGUCAUCUCGAACGAUCUUCCGACCUUCCAAGUACGGGUCAAUGACACAGAUCCCUUCUUUUUCUACUGCUCUGCGCCUACCUCCUGCGUCGACCACCACAUGAUUGGAGCCAUCAACGCCGGCGGCAACAAGACGCUAGAAAAGCAGAUUGAUUUUGCCGUGAACGCAACUUAUCAGUUGGCCCCUGGAGAUCCUUUCCCCUCGGAAACGGCGAGCCCGACCGGAACUCCCUCACCGACGAACUCACCAGACGGCGUGCCGUCGAAUUCCGGGGUCAGCGACGGGGGAGGCCACCACCACCUCAGCGCCGGGGCAAUCGCCGGCAUCGUCAUCGGCGCGGCUGCGGUUCUGGUCCUGGGCGGUGGCUUGAUCUAUCUGUGCGGAUGGAGAUACGGCAUGUAUCGUACAAACACGCAAAUAUUUCCGCCACCAAUGGCUGACGCCAAAUUCUCACCGUCGCCGAAGAGCCCAGGACACGGGGCGGCCGCGACAAUGCAUUACUCGGUGCCUCCCGGCAACGACCCUUACCAGGCGCAGAGUCCUUCGAAUCCAUACCUCCAGUCUCAGUCGCCGAUACAUCCCGGUACUUACCCGAGCCCUGAUAAUACGAGCACCCACGGCCCCCUUAUGGGGGUGAACGGUGGGCAAGGCUACUACCAGUCAGUGUUUGUUCGCUCGAUUUAUUUUCUUAGGAGUCUCCUUCCUAACUAGUCUAUCACAGUCACGGCGGGCAAACCACCUCACCUCAUGCGCAGGUACAACAUCAGACAGCGCCAGUCGAGCUACCAGCAACAAAUAGUCCAGGCAACUCGCCGAUGCCAAUAUACCGGGAGAGGAAGUAUUCAUGGUCACAAGGCGAAGAAGCCCUAUAUCGACCAGGAGACAAAUCAUGAACACAAAUGCGCCACUCCGACAUAUGCAGUCCUCCUUGACAUACGAUCCCAUGACAUAACGAGUCACGUAUCUAAUAAUACAAUUGCUUCAUCCGUCACGAGGCGGUAGAAUACACGGCAUUUAACUCAUGGAGUGGUAAUGGGGCGUUCAGGGGGCCCAUUCGACACGGAGGUCCGAUAAAUUCUUUGUUUCCAUGGCCUUUU